AUGCUUGAUGAUGAAACAAAACGAGCAAAUGAUCUAGAAAGAUCUUUAAUUGAAAGUCGUUCACAACUAGUUGAAUUCAAUACAAUAUUAAGACAAUUAGAAGUUCAUUAUCAACAAGAAUUGAAUCGUGUACAAUCAUCACCACAAAAUGAAUUUAAGGAUAAAAUACGUCAUCUUGAACAAAAACUAAAUGAUGCCUUUCUGAGAUCAGAAAGUGAUCGAUAUAUAAAAGAUAAACAAACUGGUAAAAAUGAUUUACUUUUAAAAGAAAAUCGAACUUUAAGUAAUGAAUUGGAAAAAUUAAGAAAACUAGCCGAAGAAUCUCAGUCUUUAUUUGAACGAAGCCAAUUUAAACAAACAGAAGAUAUCGCCGAAUUGAACCGAUUAAAACAACGAGAAAAUGAAUUAAUGCAUAUGAAUGCAAUGCUUCGUCAAGAUGUAUUGCUGAAAUCUAGAGAGAACGAAAAGCUUCAGCAAGAGCUUGCUUAUCAUCAAGAAAAAACGUCUGAUAGCUUGUUAUCAGGAAAACAAAUCCAACCGGAUUUAACUCAACAGUUUGAAGCUUUGAAGAAGGAACGUCAAAUAUUUAUUGAAAAUAUGAAGAAGAUUAAUGAGGAGAUCGCUGAACAAAAAAUUAAAAUUGACCGGUUAGAGCAAGAGAAAACCAAACCUUUAAAUAAUGAUAGUUGGAUAAACAAACAAACUAAUGGCAAUGAUGAUAUACAGUUAUGUACUUAUUACCAAAUAACUAGUGACAUGCCUGAAUAUCUUGCUGAAAACCACAGAUAG